GGAGUUGAGGCAACAGGCGAAGAGCAAGGAACAUGUGGGGAGAUGGCUUUGGCCUUCCGCAUGUGGUGGAGGGCGUAGGGAACGCGACGCGGCCACACUCUGGAGGGCAGCAUUCGCGGACGUUUGCGGUGUUUGGCCCGUCGCCGUCGUGCACGCACCAGGCAGGCAAGAACGGGUCGUCCGAGUGCACACGGGUGAGCCUGUGCCUGACGUUGUCUGCUGCAUGCUUGCUUCUUUGCAUGUGUAACAUGGUGUGGAAAGUACGGAAGCAUGUGGCGAAGAAAGGGCUCGGAGCCGUUGCGCAUCAGCUCGGGCUCCUCGGGCUGGCGGCCUUCCAGUCACUGCUGCUUGUGAUCCGCUUUGCUACGGUGGUUGGCAGAGAUUCGAACGUAGUGCUCGACAAGGUUGUGGUCUUUAUCAACAUUGUCAUUCCGUUUGGCGUCACAUACGUCUUUCUCAUCUUCUCGCGGAGGGUCUUUGUCUCGUCGACGACGGUGGUGCUCAUCUCGCGGUGCUUUGUGGUCCUCGGCCUCGGCGAAAUCGUAGUCUUGAUCAUUGCGCUCUCGUCGGUGCUGAACCACUCGGCGGACUGUCGGUCGCUGUCGUGGACGCUGAUGUCGACGGCCGGCCUGGUCUCGUGUGGAGUUUUCUUUGGCCUGGCCACGGUGGUGUCGCGCCGGCUGGCGCGGAUGGAGCAGCGGGCUAAGCGGCGCGACUUGGCAGAGACAACGCCACUCACGCCGGGCACCUCGACCAUCAAUGCUGAUGGUGGAGUGGCAAGGCGGCUGCGUGCCAAGCGGCGAAAGUUGCGGUCACUCAUCGCGCUCUACACAGCCUCGGCAGUUCUGGCCUUCUUCUGGGACCUGUACUCGAUCGGCAUCUUUGGUCGGCUGCCGGGCUCGUGCUCGUACUGGAUCACCGACUCGCGAGUGUACGUCACGGUCUAUAUUCUCCGCAUCAUUCUCACACUCCUUGUGCCGAUUGUGGGCGUUAACUACCAGUUCUGGGAGUCAUAAGACAAGAGACAAACACAUAGCUUGUCCGG